ACCGCCGCCCCACUGUAUCAUAUGAACACUAGUACUGUAUAUUAGUCGGAUCGCCCGACGCCCUCCUUCGCAGCCAUCCGCUCCUUUACACGCAUCACUCUCUUUACCAAUGUACAUAGCCACUCAUUCAGCUGCAUGUAUCCUCAUCACCCACACUCAUUGUAUCUCCAACACUCACACUCGUUGUAUCCGUUUCCGCUCCUCCUUCACGAAUCUAAUGACCUAUUUAUUUAUUUAUCUAACCGUCGAGGCACCCGCGUUAGGCUCGAGAACGAUUGGUAGGUUUUUGACACGGCGCUCGAGGAAGCGGAAGCCCGAUUUCUCAGUGGCGCCGCCUUGAGCAGGUCCUGAGUCGCAGCUUAAAAACCGCGCCGCAAGUCUC